AUGGGUGCUCGCCCAAAGACGAUAUACCUCCCAGACACUAUGGUCAACUGGCCCUGGCCUCGUACCAUCAAUCCUCAUCACGAAGAUGUGAAAGCUGAAGUCGAUGCUUCAUUCCGUGAUUUCAAGGCCCUGAGUCCUAAGUCACAAGAAGCAUUCGACAAAUGUGAUUUUGCCCUCCUAACAGCACUGCUUUAUCCCAAGGCACCAAGAGAACACCUUCGAAGCGGCUGUGACUUGAUGAAUUUAUUCUCCAUCGUGGAGGAGUACACCGACAUGGAGAAUGAAGCAGUCACGAAAGAAAGGGUGGACAUCGUGCUCGAUGCCCUACACAAUCCUCAUAAGAUACGACCAAAAGGCGAAUGCAUUCUCGGUGAAAUCACGCGACAAUUUUGGGCUCGCGCGAUCCAAUCUGCAAGCCUGCCUUCUCAACGUCACUUCCUUGAAACCUUCGGUGAAUACAUUAAUUCGGUAGUUGUCGAGGCUCUCGACCGUGAGCAAAGCCGUAGGCGCAGUCUCGAUGACUACCUGAAGCUCCGGCGCAAAACUGUUGGCGUAAAACCUUCUUUCUCAAUAUUUGAGAUGGGGAUAGACCUUCCUGAUGAAGUGUUCUACCAUCCCGUCAUCAUGAAUCUUGCUGAUUGCAUCACAGAGCUCAUAAUUAUCGAUAAUGACAUGAUGUCGUACAACAAGGAGCAAGCGGCUGGGAACGCAUUCCAUAAUUUGAUCAGCAUUGUCAUGUUGGAACUGGACCUCGACAGAGGCAGCGCGAUGGCCUGGGCAGCACAUUAUCACACUGAAGUUCAGAAACGAUUUAUCGACGGUCUUGCGAAGGUUCCCUCAUGGGGGCCUUCCAUCGACGUCCUAGUCAAGGAGUACCUCAACGGGGUAGCAAACUUGGCUCGAGCAUGCCAUUCUUGGAGUUAUGAGAGUCAAAGGUACUUUGCCACCAAGGGCCUGGAAAUACAACAAACUAGGCUUAUCCCGUUGUUACCAAGGUCCGAUCGCAAAGUCAUGUGAAUCUAUUAAAUCUGUUCAGAUACAAAUCUCUUUUCACAGAAUCUGGCGCUAGCCUUUCUUGUACCUCGUAAAUUUCGUUUUGAUAUGUUACUACCAUGCUUCUCACUCGGUCUCUCAUAUAUGCCACUCUUGUUCCCCAGUUCCCCAGCCCCCAGCCGACCAGUACUUUGCACUUGCAGUCGCAGUUACUUCAAAUUUACGGUCAUUUUCUAUUGAUCAUCGUUGCAGUAGGGGUUCCGCGGGCAGGGACUGUGCAUUCGGGUACAUAGGUUUGUUACCAGGUUUCAACGUUUUUCAACCGUGCCGGUGGUACUUAUCAUGUCCCACCUUUGUUGUGUGCUGCUCUGAAGAAGCCCUCAGUCCCGCGAUAUAAACAAGAC